GGCUGCUCCCGCUCCGCACAAUCCCGCUCCCGCGUUUUCCCGCCAGCCGCAGGAGAUCCGGGCUCUCCGACCGCUCCACGCUCUCCCGGCCCCUCCGCAGCACUGCCCGCUUCUGGUGGCCGCGCGGAGGAAGGACGGGCCCAGGGCCAGCGGCCAGCCAGACCCCCGAGCGCGGCGGCGGCGGCGGCUCCUCCUCCUCCUCCCCCCCCCCACUCCUCUGGCGGCGGUGGAGGAAGAGAUGAUGACGGCGGCGGCGGCGGCGGCGGCUGGGCCGGGCCCCUGAGGCGGCGGCGGCGGCGAGAGCGGCUCCAUGGAGGAGGCGACGGCUGAGGGGCGCGCCCGGCACCGGCCGGAACCUGAGGCAAUGAUGCUGUCGCCUGGGCGCACUAUGAUUACUGGAGGCUUGAGAACAUAGCUGCUAUUGAAGCUGCUACUUCAUACCCAAAGGCUGAGGGAGCAGACAAAAGAGCCUUGAACCUUGAGGUUAACUCUAAGAUGUCCUUGAGCAGUGGAGCUUCCGGAGGGAAAGGAGUGGAUGCAAACCCAGUUGAGACGUAUGACAGUGGGGAUGAAUGGGACAUUGGAGUAGGGAAUCUCAUAAUUGACCUGGACGCGGAUUUGGAAAAGGACCAACAGAAAUUGGAAAUGUCGGGCUCCAAGGAUGUGGGGCUUCCAGCACCGAAUGCUGUGGCCACGCUUCCAGAGAACAUCAAGUUUGUGACCCCAGUUCCAGGUCCACAAAGCAAGGAAGGCAAAUCCAAGUCCAAGCGGAGCAAGAGUGGCAAGGACAGUGGCAAAGCUGCCCCAGGAUCCUCCCUGUUCACUCCAAGUGAGGGGACCAGUGGCAAGAAGGAGGUUCAGGGACGCCCUGGAGAUGGUGUGAACUCUGGUAGCUUGGUGGCUGCCAUUGCCCCCAAAGGCUCUGAGAAAUCGGCCAAGGCUUCUCGUAGUGUGGCCAACUCGAAGAAGGAGAAGGAGGGUGGUUCGUCAAAGAGUAAGAAGGAAAGGAGUGAGGGUGUGGGUGCUCCAGCAGAGAAGGAGCCCACUGUACUCCAACCUCUCUCCUUGGCUGUCAGGGUUGGGCAGUAUGAUGGGAGCCAAGGAUCAGAGCCGCCUGCUGCUGCUGAGCAGCUUGGGAGUAUAGCUAUUGACACAGGAUCUGCACUCAAUCCUUUGGGAGUUAAAUCUGAGCUGGAGGAUGGUGACAGCGAGUGCCGGCAGCUCAAAAAAGUCAAAUCGGAGAAGAUGGAGUCUCCAGUGUCCACCCCUGCAGUGCUACCACUGCAUCUUCUUGUCCCUGUUGUCAACAGUGAUAUCUCAUCACCAUGUGAGCAGAUAAUGGUACGCACACGCUCUGUGGGGGUGAACACCUGUGAUGUGGCACUGGCUACUGAGCCAGAGUGCUUGGGCCCCUGUGAACCUGGCACCAGCGUCAAUCUGGAGGGCAUCGUGUGGCAGGAGACAGAAGACGGCAUGCUGGUGGUGAAUGUCACCUGGAGGAACAAGACUUAUGUGGGGACACUGCUGGACUGCACGCAGCAUGACUGGGCACCACCCAGGUUCUGCGAUUCUCCCACCAGUGACCUGGAGAUGCGAAAUGGCCGAGGGAGGGGCAAGCGUAUGCGGCCCAAUAGCAACCCCCCCAUGAAUGAGAGCACAGCAGCCUCUGAGAGCAAAGGGACCAGUAACAGUAGCAAGACUCGAGCAGGAGCCAACAGCAAGGGACGCCGAGGUAGCCAGAACUCUUCGGAACACCGCCUGCCACCUAGUAGCACAUCUGAGGAUGUCAAAGCCAGCCCCUCAUCAGUGACGAAGCGGAAGAGCAAGCCCCUCUCUGACAUGGAGGUGAAUUCCAGCUCAGAGGAUUCCAAGGGGAGUAAGCGUGUCCGCACAAACUCUAUGGGCUCCGCGGCCACACCACUGGUGGCGGCGGCAGCUGCUGCCGCAGUAGCAGCCACAACCGUUAAGGUGGAACCCGCCAUCUUGGACAGAAAUUGCCCCUCCCCCAUACUCAUUGACUGCCCCCACCCUAACUGUAGCAAAAAGUACAAGCACAUCAACGGGCUCAAAUACCACCAGGCCCAUGCACACACUGACGACGACAGCAAGCCUGAGGCCGACGGAGACAGCGAGUACGGGGAGGAGUCAUCUCUUCCAGCUGACCUUGGCAGCUGCAAUGGGGCCUCUGGUAGCCAGAAGGGCUCUCUGUCUCCAGCUCGCUCAAUCACCCCCAAAGUGCGUCUGAUGGAACCGCACAGCCCCUCGCCCUCAAGCAAGUUCAACACUAAGGCUCCUUGCAAGAAGAAGCUGGGUGGCGAAGGAGAUCCUGACUCUGGUGCUCUGUCCAAUGAUGGCUCAGAAGAUGGCCCUCUUGUGGCUGAUGAGACGAGCAAUGAUGGCUUUGACUCAUUGGAGAAAAGGAGCAGUGACAAGGAGAAGACUAAAAAGCCAGUCAGCAUCAAGCCUGAGAAGAUGUCUUCAAAGAGCAUUAAGUCCGCCCGACCCAUUGCCCCGGCCAUCCCCCCACAAAUCUACACUUUCCAGACAGCUACCUUCACUGCUACUAGUCCUGGAUCCUCCACAGGCCUCACCACCACUGUGGUUCAGGCCAUGCCCAACAGCCCCCAGCUGAAGCCCAUCCAGCCCAAGCCAACAGUGAUGGGAGAGCCUUUCACAGUCAGCCCUGCACUCACCCCUGCUAAGGACAAGAAGAAGAAGGACAAGAAGAAGAAAGAGUCCAAGGACAUAGAGAGUCCUUUGACUCCGGGGAAAGCAUGUCGAACUGAGGAAGGCAAGAGUCCCUUCCGGGGAGAACCCAGUGACCUCGGAGCUAAAGGGGAGAGCCUUCUGAACGGCUCGUCUGACCCCCACCAGAGCCGCCUUGCGAGCAUCAAGGCUGAGGCUGAUAAGAUCUACAGCUUCACCGACAAUGCCCCCAGCCCAUCCAUUGGGGGUGCCAGCCGGCUGGAUAGUGCGGCACCCACGCAACCCAUGACACCACUCCAUGUUGUCACUCAAAAUGGUGCUGAAGCUAGCUCUGUGAAAACGAACAGUCCGGCCUAUUCUGACAUAUCAGAUGCAGGGGAGGAUGGUGAAGGGAAGCUGGACAGUGUGAAGGCCAAGGACCCUGAGCAGCUCACCAAGGAAGGGGCCAAAAAGGCCCUGUUUCCCCCUCAGGCCCAAAACAAGGACUCUCCCUAUUACCAAGGUUUUGAAGCGUAUUACUCACCAGGCUAUGCCCAGUCAAGUCCUGGCCCCAUCAACCCCAGCAGCCAAACCAGUGUAGACAGUCAGGCACUGAAACUGAAGAAGGAUGAGGAGUCCCCGAGCCCGGAGGUGAAGGUGAAGAAUGAAGCUUGUGAGGAGAAGAAGGCCGAGCUGGGGCCCUCCAGCCAGCAGCCCUCGGUUAUCCAGCAGAGGUCCAAUAUGUACAUGCAGUCCCUCUACUAUAACCAGUAUGCCUAUGUGCCUCCUUACGGCUACAGUGAGCAAGGCUAUCACGCCCACCUGCUCAGCACUAACCCUUCCUAUCGGCAGCAGUACGAAGACCAGCAAAAGCAGCGCCAGAGCCUGGAGCAGCAGCAGCAGCAGCAGCGAGGGAUGGACAAGAAGAUGGAGCUGGGCCUGAAGGAGAGGGAGGUGGUGCUCAAGGAGGAGUGGAAGCAGAAGCAGUCUCUUCCCCCCACUCUGACCAAAGCGCCCAGCCUGACUGACCUGGCCAAAUCGGGACUGAGCAAGGCCAAGGAUCAGGGAGCGGAGGUGGCCAAGUCGGUUAUCAUUCCCAAGCUGGAGGAUUCCUCAAAGCUCCAAGGCCAGGCAGCAGAAGGCCUCAAGGGGAAGCUAAGUGAAAGUAGCCACCUGGGCAAGGAGACUGCAGAGUCCAAAGCAAGUUCAGACUGUGGCCGGCAAGCUGAAGUGGAUUCUGUGCUCUGGUAUCGACAGGAGGCAGAGCCCCGCAUGUGGACCUAUGUUUAUCCUGCCAAGUACUCUGACAUCAAGACAGAGGACGAGCGGUGGAAGGAAGAGCGGGAUCGGAAGUUGAAGGAGGAGCGAAGCCGCAGCAAAGAGCCCGUGGCGAAGGAGGACGGGAAGGAGAGCAUCGGCUCUGACUGCAAAGUGCCUUCCAGCGAGGAGUCGCGCUUGGUGGGGAAGGAGACCAGGCCCAGUACCCAUGUGCCAGUGUCCUCGCCUCUCAGUCAGCAUCAGUCCUACAUCCCUUACAUGCACGGCUACUCCUACAGCCAGUCGUACGACCCCAACCACCCCAGUUACCGGGGGAUGCCCACUGUCAUGAUGCAGAACUAUCCAGGCUCCUACCUGCCCUCCAGCUAUUCCUUCUCCCCAUACGGCAGCAAAGCCUCUGGGAGCGAGGAGAGUGAAAAGUCCCGCGCCAGUCCCAGCAUCGUCUGCAAAUCCAGCUCCGAAUCCAAGGCUCUGGACAUCUUGCAGCAGCACGCCAGCCACUACAAGAGCAAGUCCCCGACGAUAGGCGAGAAGGCUUCUCAAGAGCGGAGUGGCUGUGGGGUGGGAGGAAGCAGUGCAGGCUGCAGCGGUGUCGGUGGGGGAGCCAGUGGCGCAGAAAGAAGCGUUGACCGGCCCCGCUCCUCUCCUUCGCAGCGGCUGAUGUCCACGCAUCACCACCACCACCACCUGGGCUACUCACUGCUCCCGGCCCAGUAUAACCUGCCCUAUGCAACAGGUCUCUCCUCAACAGCCAUUGUUGCCAGUCAGCAAGGCUCUGCUCCUUCCCUGUACCCCCCGCCCCGGAGGUGAAAACGGACAUGAUCGGAUAACCUAGGCUAUACCAAGCCAUGUGACUGGCUCACAUGAGGAAGCGCUGGAAGUUGCAUUAGACAUCAGUUGAAUGGUGUUGAUUGUUCUGCUUGACUGUCCUGCCCUAACGCAAGGCAGGCUCUGCCCCAUCCCUGUUGAACACAGACUGAGCCCCAUAUGUGUGAGUUGUGGAGCCGGGACUUGCAGAAAUAUUUAUUCACCUGACUUGGGGGUUGAUUGGCCUAUGUUUCCAGGACUCCUUGGAGUGGGGACUCAGUAGUGGUGGGCCAAGCAGUGUGGCAUCACAGGACAUUUGGGAUGCUGGGGAGGGAGGGCAUGUUAGCCCUGGGUUCCGGCCACAGUUUGCCUGCUCCUGGUCUACAGCCAGGAUGGCUACUCUGGGGCUGGCUGAAGGCGAAGAGAACCUCCAGAUCGGCGUAGUGCUAAGUGGCCACCCAGCCCCAGCAGGUAGGCGGGCUUCUGCAGAGACCCCAGGGAAGAGAGGCGUGUCAUGCUUCAGUGGCUGGCCUGGAAAAAGUUGGGGAGCAGGAGGCAGCAGGGUCGGGGAUGAGCACAAACCAACGGAGUGCUUCUCUGCCAAGAACCAUACUGAAACUCUCUAUAGCACUUUGCCUUUAGAACUGCUGCUCCCGCAAAGGCUCUCCUUUCCAUUGGCUGUUCCCUGAGAGCGCCCCCUGCUGGCAGGACUUGCAUGGUGGUGGUGUUGCGGCAGCCGCUGCCACCACCGCAUUGUUGCUGUACAAACAAAUACAUCCAGUUCUGCCUCAAAGGGCCUCUUGGCAGGCUGGCCUGCUCCCGUCGGAAGGACCUCCACUGCUACCUAGCAGCCGUCUCACUCCCUCCACUCUGCAGGAAGGCCACUGGCUGCUUCUCCCUCACCCCCCGCCCUUCCUUCAGUCUUGGUUUCCACAACGUAAAAGUGUGUAGAUGGGAAUGGUUAAAUUUCAGGCAUGCGGUUCUUCAUCCCUCAGGCCUUCACGAUCAUCCCUUUCCUGCAGAGAGCAAAGGGAUGGACACUUGGGCAUGUGAGAUGUGCAUGCGGGAGCUCUUGGCUUUGCUGAGAGAGGGUUGGGAGGAAGCAGGGCCUAGCACCCAGCGGCUCAGCUGUGAACACCUGCCUACUGGAAGCAUCCUUGGGUUUGCUCGCAGCAGCCAGGGGUUGGCCUUCUCUUGCCAGCCACUGUGUGGGUGCUUGCUUUGCUGGUUCCAGUGCAGGGGAAGGCUUAUUCCCAUGUGUCACAGAAUGGAUGCCAGGAUUUCUCCCUCCGACCCCUUGCCAGUGUCCUUGCUGACACUUCCAGCUGGAACUCUACCCACACUUAUGGGAAUAAUUUCCUACCACCGCCUCUGCCAGAUCCUUUCCUGCAGAGUGGUCCGCUUGAGUAGCAGUGUGGUGGGGAUGGGGAGUCUUUCCCUACUUAGCUGACUUAUGAGGAACUGGUGCUGUGUCAAUCCCAACAGGGCAAGUCCCCAGCUUGGUCUUUCUGUUCCUGUCUGUAUGUUGUGUGAGGCCACCCUCUGCCUCUUGAACUGUGUAUAUAUUGUAAAAAGGAAUUGUUUGAAAUCUGUUGUUGGUUUUUGUUUUCCCCUCCACUGGGGGUGGGGGCUCAUAGUCUCCACAAAUAGCAACUUCAAUGGCUGGUUUUUUAAAAUAGCUUAUUUAUGGAGGGGGGGGGGGAAGGCAGCUAAUUUCUGCAACAGUCUUAUUUGACUGCUGCCCUCAUUGCUUUUAAGAAGCACGUGGUGACCUUUGACCCCAGGAAGGGAGGGUACUGCACUGGUCUGCCUUCCCGGCAGCUGCCACUCAAGACACUUCCCCUGAGCUCUCUGCCCAGAGGAGCAGCAUGAUUGGAGGCGCUGAUGUCUUUGGAAGGCUCUGCAGCGGGAACACCCAAGAUGCUGGGGACUUGGGCAUUUCCAGGCUGCUUGGAGAUGUGCUCUUCUCCGAGGUUACCACUGUACCAGUCAGAAACGCCUUGUCUUUGGGUUCUUGGGGAGCAUGAGGCACAAAGUCCAGAAGUACUGGAGCAUCAUCCAAUCACUCAUUUGAUCCCCAAAGUAUGGCCCUCAGUUUGUGAACCACCAGGCUAGUCCCAAGCUGUAAAAAGGAAUGAGAGUUUGUUGUGCUGGGAUAGUCUGGAUGAGUGCCCACUCUUGAGUUAGUGAAAACGGAGAGUUCAUGGAAGCACCACCUUGUUCUGAGGUGGCCUUCCCCCUUAGAAUGCAGAGGGUGGCAGGAGAGACUUGAGAGAUGUCCUCAGCCAUGCUCAGGCGGCUUUUCACCUUAGCCUGCCUUAAGGUGUUUCUGACCUUGUAGAGAAGUAUCUCCUUGACCUGUUCCGGUGGUGCAGCUAAGCCCUGGUGUUUUGUUUUAAUUGGAGUGUGGAGUUUAAUUCAGGAUUUCCUGUCUACCCUCUGUAAAAAGUGUACAUUACCUAGCUCCUUGUUUUAUAUAUAUAAAUAUAUAUAUAUAAAUGAACAGAACACCUAUGCUGUGUGCCUGUGUACAUUCAAGGCACCGAGCAAAUAAAUCUUUGGAAGAGACAA